GGCUGCAUGUGAGGCUGGCGCGUCGUCAAACUCUGUGGCUUUUAUGGUGGAGAGCGAGAUGCCAACAGUUAUUAGGUUGCACCGUACAUGCGCGCGUGUGCACGCUCGUGAGUGUGAGUGAGAGUGGAAUGAAGCGCGCAAUAAUGGAGUGUUGUAGCUUGGGUUUUCGCUAGUUGGUGGAUUCAGAAGAAAAAGACACACACUUCAAACACGGGCACGGGUGCUGCUGUGUGCUAUGAGAGCGAAAACGGGAUGACGUAGAUAUGUGUGUGACGACGGUGUACGCCCGGUCGAACGAGACAGACGAUCGCGCUUGCUGUGGUGAUAGUAUUGGUGCGGUGUGGUGAGAUCACGUAGCCCGCCUGAAAUGAAGUUAGCUGUGGUUUUGGAUGUGUGUGUGUGUGCUGUUGUGUGGAUGAUGAAGAAAGGCCAGUGGUGUGUGGCUAUUGCUGGUGCAGCCAGGGCACUGCAACAGCGAUAGGGAAGAGGUUGGUUUUUCCCUUUUAAACACACACACACAUACAUACAUUGUACGGAUAGGGCGCACAGAGCGAGUGGCGAACAUCGUGUGCGCGUGUGUGUGUGCGCGCGCGUGAGAGAGGCGAAAACGGGCCCAAGAAAAAGACGCUAACGCCUGCUGCUCGAUUGCUGCCGCCUAAUGCUGCUGGUGCUGUACGGACGGUCGAGAAAAGUUGUGUGUGGCGUCUGGGAAAUAGUGAAAAAUUUGCGGUAAAAGUGCUUCCCUUGCCACCGAAACCGAGUGCAAAGUGUGGCCCGGAAUACGGCCGAACAGUGAGCGAUGGAGUAGACACGGUUUCGGGCCGACCCAGCGUUGUGAAGUUGGAAUAAUUUGUCAAGAUCUUGACCUUGAGUGUACAUUGAUCUUUCGCGGAUCUCAGUGUGCGCGCUGGCGUUGUUCAGAGGAAAUAGUGUGCGAGAGCGCUAGCAGGCAGGGUGCACGGCGGCGGGGUUUUCUUCAUUUGCUUCUUGCACUUUCCGCUUCAUUUCACCCGGUGCGCCCGAGAGACGACUGCGCCGUCGCCCCACCAUACCAUCACCCCCGCCCGUGUCGAUUCUUUUGUGUAGCGCGUUUCGUUCACGGCGUAGUUCAAAAGCAUCGUUUCGAUGGACAGCAGGCGCUUGUUGUAAUCUGCGGCGUGUGUGUGUGUAUGUUUACGGCAGUGCGUUUUGUGUGUGUGCUGCUGAACUGGGCACGGAUGACGGCGACGGACGAUACGAUGACCGUGUUUCGCAGCUGCUAAAUUGCGCGCCCGUUUGUCGUCUACCAUUUUUUUCUGCGGGUGUUCAUCAUCGCGUCAUCAUCAUGAAUCCCUCUGCUACCCUCCCGCCGCGCGUGAGGUGCUGCGCACCAUCGAGACAGGUUUUGAAAAGUGUCAUUAAGUUGCUCCGGCGACGGUGAGGCAAAAAGACGACGACGACGACAGCGCUAGACGGAAAAAGAAGGUGUAAUUUAUUGAUGUGUGCGUGUGUGUGUGCGGUUUGUCGUUGACUCUGUACCCGGUGGUGAGUGUCCCCGUGUUGCUCGUUAAUUCGCCUUCCCACCUUCAAAAGUAUGGCAAUAAGAGACAAUCUCGAAGGAGUGUACAUGGCGUGGCAUGGCAAUGUGUGCGUACAGACAUGUGUGGGAGUGUAUGUGUGUGUGUGUGUGUGUGUUUGUGCGGUCAUUUGAUGCGGAAGUAAAGAACUGAGCGGAAAUGUUGAAAAUCCUUGAUCGCUAAUGAGAAGACAAUGUAUUAAUGAUUUUGCUCAAGAUCCUCAAUCCGACAAUCCAGCUCAUCUGUGGCUACAUUCGGGAAAGGAUGAUCACAGUAAAUGCCUAUGCACGAUGAUGCAACUUGCUAUUAUAGAAACAUAUUUUAAACUGUACUAUUUUGCUAGAAACUGAAACACAGCUGACAGCGUUUAGCACAUCCGUUGUUUUUACAUUCCAUCAAUCAAAGACAGAAAGUUUGAACAAAGUCUUAGCAUGUCUAAACUUCCGACCUCCGUACGGGCUAGUUUGUUAUGAGAAAAAAUGUGGAGUGAAAACUACUAUGAUCUAUGCGCUAACGAGGAAUUCGGUUUCAGGCUUAGUCCAGAUACUAUGCAGCAAGGGUCAGGAUCGUCAACGCCUUCAGCGGCACCGGCAAGUAUUGUGCCCCCUGCGCCGGCAACAGUCGACAGCAUGGACGAACCGCCGCCAAGGAACGAGCCCGUGGUGGAGCCGGUGAACGGUAUCGUGCAGCCGCCAGUAAUGCCACCGCCGGAGCGCCCGGGCCGGUUAACGAAUCAGCUUCAUUUUCUGCUCCGUACCGUCAUGAAGGCGGUGUGGAAGCAUCAGUUCAGCUGGCCCUUCCAGCAGCCGGUCGACGCGAAGAAGCUUAAUCUGCCCGACUACCACAAGAUCAUCAAGCAGCCGAUGGACUUGGGCACGAUCAAGAAGCGGUUGGAAAACAACUACUACUGGACGAGCAAAGAAUGCAUACAGGACUUCAACACCAUGUUUACCAACUGCUACGUCUACAACAAACCGGGCGAGGACGUGGUCGUGAUGGCCCAAACGCUGGAGAAGCUGUUCCUGACGAAGGUCUCCCUAAUGCCGAAGGACGAAACGGAGAUGGAGGUGCAGCAGCCGAAGGGUGGCAAGAAGAAGCCCCGCUCGCUGGCCCCACCCGGUACGCUGGUCGGUAACACGUCGGUAACGGGCGCGGCCGCAGCGGCCGGUGUCGCCCCGAAUGCGGCCAUCGUUGCUGGCGCGAAUGCAGUGGCGGUGGCGGCGGCAGCAGCUGCUGCCGCACGGGCCCGGCCCGGAUCGGCCCUUGGGGCGGCGGUUUCGUCCAGCGUGCCCCCGCUGAGCGCUGUUCCCCCGGGGAUGGGUGCCGCCUCGACGGUGGUCGCACCGAGUGUGCCCCCGAUCGGUACCAUGCCGCCCCAGACUGUGCCUGGUAGCACAAACACCACCACGACGGCAGGACCUAACGCGGCCGUUGCGGCACUGACGGCGGCAGCCGCUGCUGUGGCGGCCGUAAACACACCGCACAAUGCCAUGGGCAACCCAAUCGGCGCGCCUGUAGUCAGCAAACCGAGCGCGCCCACCAACCCGCCGUACAUGGUGAACAGCUCGCAGCCCGGACUGGACACGGUGAUGCCGCCCCAGCAGCCGGCAAAGGUUAAAAAGGGUGUGAAGAGAAAGGCAGACACCACGACCCCGACAGCAACCGUGUUCGAUCCGCACUAUGGCACGCCGAUGGAUUCGAACGCUGCCAAGAUCGCCACUCGAAGGGAAUCGGGCCGUCAGGACAUAGCACCCUAUCAAACCUCAGCCUAUCCGAUGUCACCGAUGGCACACCAGGGUUCGAGCUCGUCGCAGUAUCCGCCGAAGAAUAAGGAGAAGCUGUCCGACGCUCUCAAGUCGUGCAAUGAAAUCUUGAAGGAGCUGUUCUCCAAGAAGCAUUCGGGUUACGCCUGGCCAUUCUACAAACCGGUCGACGCGGAGCUGCUCGGUUUGCACGACUACCACGACAUAAUCAAAAAACCGAUGGACCUCGGCACGGUGAAGCGAAAAAUGGACAACCGGGAGUACAAGUCGGCGCCGGAGUUUGCCGCGGACGUUCGGUUAAUAUUCACCAAUUGCUACAAGUACAACCCGCCAGAUCAUGAUGUGGUCGCGAUGGGCCGGAAGCUGCAGGACGUGUUCGAGAUGCGGCUUGCCAACAUACCGGACGAACCGGUAAACAACGUUGCCCCGCACCAUCCGUGCAAGGAGAGCGAACCGUCGUCCUCGAGCGACUCGAACGACAGCGACGAUGAGAGCGAGUCGGACGAAGAGUGUGCACAGAAGUUGAAGCUGCUCGAGAAGCAACUGUUCGAGAUGCAGGAGCGCAUGCGAAAGCUCACCGAGGAGGCACUGCUGAAGAAGAAGCAGAAGAAGAAGUCGAAGGACAAAAAGAAAUCUUCUGUUGCCGGACCGGGCGGUGCGGCCGGCGGUGGUGCAAGUGAUAUUAAGGGGAUGAUGGAUCCCCACGCCGGUCUCAGUAUGCCGCACGGUCCCGGUAAGGCGAUGCAUCAAAUGGCGGGCGUAAUGGGUCAACCGCCGAUGGGCGGUACAGGGGCGGCCCCGGUAAUGCCAGCAGCCGCCACCAAGGCAAAGGCGAAGGGCCAGCGAGCACCGAAAGCGGGCGGUGUGGCUGGGGGCGCUGCAUCCAAUGCACCGGCAAAGCGCGCUAAGAACGCAGGCGCUGCUGGUGGCACCAGUGCGCCUCGGGCCCCGAACAAGAAGAAGGCGUCCCAGAACGUUUCAAACUUUGAUUCGGAAGAGGAAGACACGGCCAAACCGAUGUCGUACGACGAGAAGAGGCAGUUGUCGCUGGACAUCAACAAACUACCGGGCGAUAAGCUGGGCAGAGUUGUACAUAUAAUUCAAAGCCGGGAGCCAUCAUUACGCGAUUCCAAUCCGGACGAGAUCGAGAUCGAUUUCGAAACGCUGAAGCCAUCAACGCUACGAGAGCUGGAAAGCUACGUAGCUUCCUGUCUCCGCAAGAAAACUCACAAAAAAGUGUCUGGUAAAUCCAAGGAGGAACAGAUGACGGAGAAAAAGCAAGAGCUGGAAAAACGGCUCCAGGAUGUGACGGGUCAACUAGGCACUGGGAAGAAGAACGCGAAGAAGGACGAAGCCAACAAACAGGAUGUUGCUCCCUCCGGAGGCAACAUGUCCUCCAGCAGUAGCUCCAGUGAUUCCUCGUCGUCGAGUUCAAGCGAUUCCAGUUCUAGUGAUUCCAGCGACAGUGAAGCAGAAGCUGGAGGGCGACCACCUCGCAAGAAGAAGAAGGAUUCCUCCUCCCCCAUGGGAUCUGGAGGCAACAAUCCGGCUAAUACGUCCUCUGCUCCGGCCACCGCAUCAACACUAUCGGCAACGGCAGCGGUAUCGCAGUUGCUACCGAGUGCUGGCGCCAAUAACACAAACACCACCUCCAACACCACUACUACUACCACGAACAACAACUCCAAUACCAUCACACCUCUCCCGAACGCCGCCGCUCAGCAGCCACAGCAGCAGCAGCAACAUCCUCCGGCUAACGGCAGCAGCGCCCUAAACCCGACCACCACAGUCGCUGGCCCGCCGCAACACUCCCAAAUGCACCUCGCUGCGCAUCAGCAGCAGCAGCAGCAUCGGCAAACGCCAGCAAACCAGCUACAGCAGUCACUCAUACCGCCACCGCCACACUCAUCUCAGUCCACAUCCACGCUGGUAUCAUCAACCUCCUCCUCUAUUACCACCUCCUCCUCCACCUCCUCAUCAGGUGCCGGAGGGGCCACAUCGAGCAUGGGCGUAGCAGCUACCACCGGCAGUCACAACGGUAACAAUCCACCAGCAGCAACAACAAGCAUUGCUGCUGCCGUUUCAUCGGGGUACGGUGGCAUGAUGGGUCUUUCCCAAACGCCGGCCACAACAGUGGUUGACUCUGUGCCGGCGCUUCUGCAGAUUCCUUCACUAGCGCAGCAGCAGACGAUGGCCGCCGGUUCGCACUCGCUAGCGAACGCGCUAAUGAUGUCAGCAAGCGGUACGGCAAACAGUACCAGCAAUGGCAUGGGCGGCGGCGUCAGCGGAACUAAUAGUAACAGCGGCAAUCCCAACCCGAUCGGUAGUAGUAACAGCAACCAACUCUCUUUACCACCUCCCAUACCAUCACCAAACACCACCACCACUACUACCAGCACGAUGCUACCUGUGAAUAAUAAUGCUUUGACCACCACCACCACCACCAGUACUAGUAAUAAUCUGGGCAAUAGUGCUAUCUUGAAUAACUCCAUCACUGUUACGCAGCACCAGCAACAAAAUGCGGCACUCGGCGCGAACGGCAUCGCUCCUCCGGUGCCGGUUACGGCCCACGCACCAACGUCCGGCAUUACCACCAGCAGCAGCAACGUUAUCAACACGAACGGUAGCGAUGGUGCACUGAAUGCUAGCAACGGUCUGAUCAAUAGCAUGCUUGGACUACCGCCAACGUCCCAGCUUGCAACGAGUCUGGCCGCGAUGACGAACCUGGCCAGUAUGGCUGGCGGUCUGCCACAGCCCUCGUUGCAGAUGCAGACGCAAAGUCAGCAGGUUAGCAAACAGCAGCAACAGCAGCAGCUGGCACAUGGAGGAGCCACCCAGACCCAACAGCAGCCACAACAGCAGCUGCAGCACGCACAGCAGCAGCAGCAGCAGCAGCAGCAGCAACAGCUUAAUCAACAGUUCCGUCUCGGGGGUGCUGCCGGCAACAACGGGCAUGGCGGGCUCGGCGGAGCCUUCAUUGACCCUCUCGAGCACACGCUCAACUCGUUCGAGCAGUCGAUCAAGGCGGAACCGCUCGGUCUGAACCUGCUGAACGACAUGCCCGCCUCGCUAAAGCAAGACCUCACGACGAGCAUGCUGUCCGCCAACAUGGAUCUGUGUAUGGCGCACCUGCAGAACCAGCUGCACUCCGGCAACAACGGUUUCGCGAGCGAGUUCAAUGGCAACGGGCCGCUGAACGGUGGGGCCAGCGCUGGCAUGGGUCUCGGUGCGGGCAUGAACCAGAUGGUCAUGAACAGUAUGGCAUCGUCGGCUGCUGCUGCCGCCGCCGCCGCCAACAGUGCGCUGAUGGGUGGUGGCAUGCCAUCGAUAUUCGAUCCACUGCAGAGCUUUAUGCGUUCGGGGGCGGGAGUGGCGGCGGCCGCUGCUGCCGCCGGAGGAUACCACCAGUCGAAUGCGGUCGGUGCGGGAGGUGCCCCGGCGAGCAUGGCAGGACUGAUGACGGGUGCAAGUAACAGUAGCAACGGUGCCGGGCUGGGCAGCGGCGCCAGUGCUGGCAACGUCGGCGCAAUGCACGAUCGUUCGAUCGAUCUGACGCAGGCGGGCAGCAACAACAGUAACAGCAGCGGCGGCUCCCUGGGGGGAGCAGUACCGCCCGGGAUGAUGCCAACCGGCAACGGUGGUGGUAACAUGAUGGCCAUCAAGAAGGAGGAACCGGGGGUGGGCGGUGGCAAGUUUAUGCUGACGCCGAAACCGAUCGAAGAUUUGUUGAUCAACCCGAACGAGAAGAAGAUGGGCAGUACACCACCGCCGGCCGACGUGAAGGGCGGGAACGUGGCGAACGCGUUCAACAAGGGCCAGGAUCCGAAGAGUGCUUGGUCGUCGCUGGCCGCCGCGGUGUCGCCCCAGAAUACGCCCACGUCGAACAAGCCGAAACCGUCGAUGGACUCGUUCCAGGCGUUCCGCAACAAAGCGAAGGAGAAGUUUGAUCGAAUGCAGCAGCAGGAGCUGAAACGAUCGCAGAAGGAGCAGGCGGAGAAGGAGCUGAAGCGCCAGCAGGAGCAGCAAAAGAUAAAGCAGGAAGAGAUCAACAAUGGACGAAAAUUACCUAUCGAACCCGUCCAGCCAAGAGUAGUGGAAGAGAUUAAAACAUCGCCACAGGGUAGUCCAUCCCCGGGAGGAACGCCUACCACGCCGCAUGCGCUAGAUCGUUCCGCCGCCAAGCGGGCAGAACUGCGGCGCCUCGAACAGGAACGUCGAAGAAGAGAAGCGAUGGCUGGUCAGAUCGAUAUGAACAUGCAAAGUGAUUUGAUGGCCGCCUUCGAAGAGUCACUGUAAAGCGCGUAAAACCCCGUUUUAAAGAUGCAGAUACCCUUCCAUUCGAUGAGGGGGAACAUAAUAGGCAUGGAACAAUCGACACGAUGUUCCCCACCACCAUCAUACAUCCGCUUUCGAAGAACAAUCGAACAAUCGUUUUGACGAGACGUGUUGCACAUACUCGGCAAUGAAUGCGGUCGUCUAGUUAGCUCCGUUACAUCCGCAGUGUUGUUGUGCGUGUACGAGAACCGUUACCCUAUUCCCUGUACACACACAGAGACCUACAGCAUCCAUUGCGCAUCCGCCAGGUGCAGCAGAGAACAGAAAUCAUCGAUACCAAUAGCGUUUGUUACCAAAAAUACACAAAAAAAAACACAAAAUAAAAAAAGGGAUUAUCCACACAACGCCACCGCGCGUAAAACCACCGAAAUCGUAGGGAUGAUGCUAGAUGAAGAUAACUGAAUUCUGCUGCUGUGUGUGUGCCUGGUCAAAAUGGGUAGUAGUAAUGAUUUGGUGAGUACGAACUAUACACCUAUUCUGCUACAUAAACAAACCCCCUCAUUUCAUCCUAGGAGUAAGAGCGAUCACUCCCAUGUUAUCAGACUAUCACUAGAGGGGCAAAUCUACACUAAUCAGAAAGUGUUAUACGCAUCCCAUACUCAAACGAUCAUGCAAUGUAUAGUUUAGCCCUACACACACAGCGGUAAGCGUAGUUCGAAGUGUGUAACGAUGAUGCUGUGGAUCGCUAUAGGGGUAUAGUUUUAUUAUGUUCGAUUAGCUACUCGUUACUCUAGUACUUCGUUACUUCGUAGCGUCGUUACUUCGUAGCGUUUGGCCGGUUUAAAGGAAUGGACGGUGAUGCAAACGUCUUUACGCGUUAGUGGUGUAGUGAUGGAAUAACUCAGAACACAGCCCAUCGCCCUCUCCUGUGGCAAACGGCACCACUAGAAAUCUUGUGUAUAGAAACAAUCAAACGAUCCCUUGUCGCAAUUGACACAGCAUGAUGGGACAUUGGAAUGAGUAGUUAAGUAAGGAGGAGACACAUACACACCAUUACUAUAAAGCAGACGAAGUGUGAAUGUUAGCAGGAAAUAAAAAAAAAUACUAUAAAUAGUAGAACGUAUCUAGACAUACAGCUCCUGUAGUAGAAAGUAAAAAAAAAGGAAAAGAAAAACAAAGCAAAAAUGUGUUUAGCAUAGAAGAAGACGAUAAACGAAACAAUAUAUUAUGUUUACAAUUUCUGGGUAGGUAGUAGUGGCGGAAGGAGGGAGAGACGCACCGUGAAUGUAACGUGCACUAGUGUUUAGGGAAUACUUUAUCAGUUGUGAUAUAUAAUUAAAAACGAAGAAAAAAAAAACAAACAUAAACAGCCAGAAAACAGUUGCGGCUGGGUGUCGUCGUCGUCGUCGUCCCUGUGUGGACGGUCGUCCAAAAUAAUACUAAUAAUAAUAAUAAUAAUAAUAAUAAUAAUUAAAAUAAUAAUUAUAUUAAUAAUAAUAUUAAUGAUUAUAAUAAUAAUGGUAGUAAUGUGUAAUUAAGAUAGUACGAAACGGACAGGAUGUGUACACGGAAGCGCGGAAAACUAAGCAAAAAGGAGAACACAGGUGCACACGGUUUAUAUUAGUAUGGCUGUACUUUUCGUCCUGAGUCAUGGGAAAAAAGUACCAAGUGUAGAUAUCAUUUUAUCCGACAGAAAGUUGCUGUAAGAAAAAAGGGAGAACGGAACCAGGAAUCAACCUGGUCUAUACUGGGUGGUGUAGCGUUUUGUUACGUUUACAGUAAAUGAAGGCGGAAAACGACGCAGAGCAUACACACACACACACUCACACAUUUUCACAAUAAAAGGAAGGCAACGGCUUAUGGCUUACCUUUUGCCUCUCUCCAUACACAGGAUUUAGCACCGAGCCACACACACCAUCUGCGUUUGAUUUGAUCGUGUCGCCGGCGAUGACGUGCCGCGAUCAUGCAGUGUAAUAUAUUCAUGUAAAGUAAUGUUAAUGUACUCGCUAUUUUCCUCGUCCGGUCGUCGUUGUCGUUUGUGUGCAUGGAGAUGCAUUCUGGUUCUACCGGAUGAUGGGGAGAGGAUUGAAUGUGUGCGAUGUUCGGCGCGACUAUAAAUGUAAGCCAAAAACUACUACGAAAGGAGGAAAUGUGGUAUAAUAGAGGAAGAGGAUUUAAAAAAAAACUAUCAUCGGAACCAGAUUGUUGUUUCUCGUGUGUUUUCUCUGUCAUUUGCCUAACACAUUGUCGUCAUUCGUAUUCGUACACAAGUUCAUGUAAAUUUUCUCUCGAACUUUUCGUAUUAAAAACCAACAGCAAUGCAACUGUUGUAUGGCCGUGUUAGAGAAAUCGAGCGGGAGGGCGGGCAGAUGAAAGGCAAAUAAAUGGAAAAAGUGAAUCGAGCUAAAGUUGUAGUUAAUCGUUGUUCAUUUAUGGCGCUACGAUUUGAGUGCGGAAAUGCGCCAUACAUGAAUGAAAGGAUGCAAAAAUAAUAAAAUAAUGAUUAUAAAUUGCGGGACUGUAAAAGAGGACUUUCCCCUCCUCCACCCCCCACUGGGCAGCAAUAUUUGGUCAAUUUAAGGAGACACGAGCAAACUUGGACGAAGGGAUGUGGGUAGUGUGCGUGUGUGUGUGUGUGUGUGUGCGUAUGCCCGUGCGUGUGAGGUGUGCGCCAAAUCGAGGAGCACACUUCGUGAUGGAAAGGAUAAAAAUAUAAAACAAAUGAAAUUGUAAUAAACGUUUCUUUUACACUUUUUUUUGUUCUUUCGCGAGUUUUGCCGUUAUUUUUCCUACCUUGUUUUGUCAGUAGUUAGUUUUAAUGCAUUAUGAAUUCACCACAAUGCUAGUGUAUUGUGUUCGCGCGUGUGUUUUGACUCUAUUCGCAUGCUUAUUCGACAAAAAAAAAAAACAGGAGACCAACAUAGAUGCUCGUAAGUGCAUCACGCGCGACAUUUCUUAAUGAUGGGUUUGUGUGAACUGUGUUUUUUUUUCAAUACUUUGUAAGGUGUGCUAAAGGUGCGUCUUAGUUGUGGUUUUACAAAUGUUUUGGGUUACGUUACGAUCAGAUAAAGAUCAUACAUACGACGCACGAGGAACAGGCAUCUAAAUCCAAAUGACCUUUUUCCGUACCCUCCCCACAAACGAAGUAAUUGUGUAAGUAGAAGAAUUGAUGAGGUAAAAAAUAUGUCAAGCACCUAAAUAGAAAAGAGGAAAAAAAAAAACGAAAUCUACUAUAUAUGUACUCCAGAAUAUUGUGUAACUUGAUAAAGGCAGGGAUAAAGCAGGAACCAAUCGAGCAAGAUCACGUUGCACGCACAUCGUACAUCGAUGAUAUGGUAAGGAGGUAAGAGCAAAUUGUUCUUGACGCUUUGAGUCUGCUGCUCCAAGUAAACGUUGAGCAAGUAAAGCCAGAAGCGUAAUAACACAUGCUGGAAAUAUUCUAAACUAGCCAAGCAAUACUAAAAAAGCAGAACACAAUCUUGCUGGGUGAAAGAUGCUGUUUAAAACAGCCAAUGGGAUACGUGUGUACAGUAGCGUUAAGCAAUCUCCCCUCUUUGACUGGAGUAAAUAGUUAUUGUUUCAUUCUUUGUUUUACUGCUUUUAAUUAUGACUUUGUUCUUAUUGCACCUUUAGUUACUAUCAUCUGCGAUCAUGUUUAGUGAGCGUGGUGGAGCUGUGUGCUCUUAAUGUGUAUAGUGUCAAAUAAAUAAAAAAAACGAGUAUUAAUAGUUUAAUAAGUUCGAACAAAGGCAGAAAAACGCGCGCUCCGACGAGGAGAAACGAAAAUGGAAUUGUACCGAUUGAACGGAUCGAAGAAGUGUAUGUAAUGGUAAUUUAGGCGACAGAAUGUAAUUCGAAUAAACGUCGUGUAACGCUAAUACCAUUGUCUAGUUGUACUGUAUAGAUUAAAGUAGUGAUGUAAGCGGCAUAACAUAUUAGAAGUAAAACAAAACAAGACGAUUCUAUUCAAUGUAAAAAAAAACACGUGUGGAACAAACCAUCAAUUUUGGUGCAUUCACUUGCGGAUACGAGCGAUGCAAGCGCGUGUGCGAUGUUUAGGUACGCCAACGACAAACAAACACGUGCGGGUGCAAUACAUUUUUUUCUACAGCAAUUUGAUGGUACACGGUUCGAUGAUAUAGCAAAACAAAUGAAAUCGCACGACCAUAAACAUAAUGGUGAAUCAAUCGAGCAUACAUUUAGAGAUAUGUUUCGCACGGAGUUACGCGAAUUAGUAUAAACUGUACACGAUCCUGUCCUUUGAAAUACAUAAGAAAACCAA